CAGCCGCAUCAGCGAAGGUCAUUCGGGUCCGCUCGUGGGAGUGGAUAUUUACACAACCAGUAGGAGUCACACACGGGCACAAACAAGCCUUCAAUGGCUGCCGCUAUGUCGCCGGCCGUUUCUCUCCGCUUCAAUCCCUAUUCAGCUCUCCGUUUCAUCACCAGAUUCCCUAAAAAACUACCACCGCACAUUCUUUUCCCGCCAAUUUCCCGCCGCCACUCUUCUGACUAUUUCCGGCGAAGUUUUCGCACUGCCGUCUCUGCAGCUCUCUCAUCCGGGGAAGCUACGGGGAAGACGAAACCUGAAGUUUCUGAUGUUUGGAAGGCCUCGCUAGGGGAGAAGGUUGGGGAAUUCAGAAAGAAGCUGAGGAUAUCUGAAGUCAAGGGCGGCCUCGAUGAAGGGCUGGAUAGAGUCGGACAGACGCUCAUCGUGAAGGGAUGGGUUCGAACUCUCCGGGUUCAGAGCAGCGUUACGUUCAUGGAGGUAAAUGAUGGCUCAUGCAUUUCAAAUAUGCAAUGUGUCAUGGAUUCAACUACAGAAGGUUAUGAUCAGGUUGAAUCAGGCUUGAUUGCAACUGGUGCAUCAGUCUGGGUGCAAGGGGUCGUGGUUGCCAGCCAAGGAUCAAAACAAAAAGUGGAACUGAAACUCCAAAAAGUUGUUAUGGUUGGCAAGAGUGAUCCUUCCUAUCCCGUCCAAAAGAAAAGAGUUAGCAGAGAAUUUUUGAGAACCAAAGCUCAUCUUCGUCCAAGAACAAACACCUUUGGGGCGGUUGCAAGGGUGAGGAAUGUUUUGGCAUACGCUACGCACAAGUUCUUCCAAGAAAAUGGAUUUGUUUGGGUUUCAAGUCCUAUUAUUACAGCAUCAGAUUGUGAAGGAGCUGGUGAACAGUUCUGCGUGACUACUUUGAUCCCAAGCUCUGGGGAAGCUGCUAAUUCUGAUGUGGGCUCCAUUCCAAAGACAAAAGAGGGGUUUAUUGAUUGGUCACAGGAUUUUUUCGGGAAACCAGCAUUCUUGACUGUCUCAGGGCAACUCAACGCUGAAACUUAUGCUACUGCUCUCUCUGAUGUUUAUACUUUUGGACCGACAUUUAGAGCAGAAAAUUCCAAUACAUCUAGACAUUUAGCUGAAUUUUGGAUGAUUGAACCAGAACUUGCAUUUGCUGAUUUGGAUGACGACAUGGCUUGUGCAACUGCAUAUCUCCAGUAUGUAGUGAGACAUAUUCUUGAAAAUUGCAAGGAAGACUUGGAUUUCUUCAAUACAUGGAUUGAGAAAGGAAUUAUUGAUCGACUGACGGACCUGGUUGAAAAAGAUUUUGUGCAGUUGACGUAUACAGAUGCAGUUGAGCUUCUUCUUCGAGCAAAUAAGAAGUUCGAAUUUCCGGUCAAGUGGGGUAGUGAUUUACAAAGCGAACAUGAGCGUUAUAUAACUGAAGAGGCAUUUGGUGGAUGCCCUGUAAUAAUCAGAGACUAUCCAAAGGAGAUAAAAGCAUUCUACAUGCGGCAAAAUGAUGAUGGAAAGACUGUUGCGGCCAUGGAUAUGUUGGUUCCUCGGAUAGGGGAGCUUAUAGGUGGAAGUCAAAGAGAAGAACGGCUUGAUUAUCUGGAAGCUCGUCUGGAUGAGUUGAAGCUCAAUAAAGACAGCUACUGGUGGUACCUUGACUUGCGUCGUUAUGGUUCAGUUCCCCAUGCAGGGUUUGGUUUGGGCUUUGAAAGGCUUGUGCAAUUUGUUACUGGAAUUGAUAACAUAAGAGAUGCCAUCCCAUUUCCUCGUUCGCCUGGUUCUGCAGAAUUUUAAUGGCAAAAUUGUUCAGUAACAUUAUCUUAGUUUUACUCGAUUCUUUUAUUUAACACCCUUCCCCCCUCUUUAUGGAACAUGUUCUUCCUGCUCUUCAUCUUUGUAUUUCCAUUACGUUGACACUUGACAUUGAGAAAACACUGUUCUAUAAGUCUGAAGGUUACAAAACUUAUGUUGCAUUUA